CUUCUGGGCAGCAGAGCUUGUGCCCACAUGUCAGCAGCUGCCUGGGCCAGUGCCUUUCUCAACGCUCUGCUGCACACUGCCAAUACAUUUUUCCUGCCCCUGUGCCAUGGCAAUGCCCUGGGCCAGUUCUUCUGUGAAAUCCCCCAGAUCCUCAAGCUCUUCUGCUCCAAAUCUCACUUCAGGAAAUUUGGGCUCAUUGCUGUUAGUGCCUGUUUAGGACUUGGGUGUUUUGUGUUCAUUGUUUUCUCCUAUGUGCAGAUCUUCAGGGCUGUGCUGAGGAUCCCCUCUGAGCAGGCACGGCACAAAGCCUUUUCCACCUGCCUCCCUCACCUGGCUGUGGUCUCCCUGUUCCUCAGCACUGGUACAUUUGCCUACCUGAAGCCCCCCUCCAUCUCCUCCCCAUCCCUGGAUCUGGCCCUAUCAGUUCUGUACUCGGUGGUGCCUCUAGUGCCGUCAGCUGCCCCGAAACAGAGCUGGUUUGGGGUUUCCCCACCAGAGCUGGUAUUUCAGAACUUUGUCGCUCGGGAGGUCUCGGAAAUGGUGCUGUCUCUCAUGAAUAAGGACAAGAUGCCUCGGCUGGUGAAGGUGUGCAUGGAGAGCUUCCCUUAUUUCCAGCUGGCGUACCCCAGGGAUGUGUACCACAUGGUGCCAGCAGGCGCCUCUGCCCCUGUGCGCAUCCGCUUCAGCCCCAGCAAGAACAAGAUUGAUCUCAGCAAUAUCCAACUGAUAUUGACCCCCAGCACCUUCUAA